AGGAAUUGCUCCACAAGCUAGUGUGCAAGAGGAAUGGAAGAUAACGUUGCGGAGGACGCGGAUCCCGCGCCGCCGGACGCCGGCAUGGGGGUGGACGUCCUGGAAUCGGGCGACACGACGCCCCCCACGAAGAGGAAGAGCAAGUUCUCCAGCUUUGGAAAGAUCUUCAAGCCUUGGAAGUGGAGGAAAAAGAAAAGCAGCGACAAAUUUAAGGAGACUUCGGAAGUUUUAGAACGAAAGAUUUCUAUGCGAAAGCCAAGAGAGGAGCUGGUAAAAAGAGGGGUCCUGUUGGAAGACCCUGAGCAGGAUGGUGAAGAAACGGAGAAGCUCAACCCGCCCGCGCUGAAGAACGGCCACACGGUCCCCAUUGGAGGCUCUGGAGUUUGUGCUUGGAGCAGCCAGGAGGAAGAGGCCGCGAGGCCGCCGAGCGCCGGGAAGCCCCACGAUGAGGAAGAGGAGGAUGAUGACCAAGAGGAGGAGCAGCAGAGCUCGGGCCCUCGUGUGUAUAUUGGAGAUGUGCCAUCCGUCACAGUCAUCCCGAAGCUGGUGCCCCAGGUCCUCCCAGAGGAGCACGAGAGUGAUGAAGGGAUGAGUGAUUCUGACUCGGAGGGGCCCAUCCUAUACAAGGAUGAUGAGGAUGAGGAAGAAGAUGAAAGCCAUAACAGCACGCUGGCCAACAAGGUGAAGAGGAAAGACACGCUAGCCAUGAAGCUGGGCAACCCAGCUGCCCCGCACGAGGAGAAGAUCGUCUUCCCUCGCAAGAGCAAGGAGGAGUGGAAUGAAAUUCGGCACCAGAUCGGGACCACGCUGAUCCGGCGACUGAGCCAAAGGCCGACAGCAGAAGAACUGGAGCAGAGGAACAUCCUUCAGCCAAAAAAUGAAGCUGACCGUCAAGCUGAGAAGCGAGAGAUCAAACGCAGACUCACCAGGAAGCUUAGCCAAAGGCCUACAGUGGCAGAGCUGCAGGCCAGGAAGAUCCUGAGGUUUAAUGAAUAUGUGGAAGUAACAGAUGCUCAAGACUAUGACCGGAGAGCAGAUAAGCCAUGGACAAAGCUAACACCAGCGGACAAGGCUGCCAUCCGGAAGGAAUUGAAUGAAUUCAAGAGCUGUGAAAUGGAAGUCCACGAGGACAGCAAGCAGUUCACACGGUACCACCGACCAUAAUCUUCCAAGAGGGAGCAAGAG